UAUAUAGUGUAAUAUAGGUAGUAGCAUUGCUAAAUUUGGACAUAGACUGAGAAUUGAGAAGAGAUAUCACAGAAGAAGAUGGGAAGAAUUUCAAGGACUGCAAGUUAUGCAAUUGCCUCUUCAAUACAAGAAAACCAACAACCUUGCAUUACCUGCACCACUUUUAACAUUCUUGCACCAAUAUACAAGCGCCUCAACCAAGAGCAGGACCAGAGUUGCCGUGAAAGCGACUACAAAGCGUGUUGGUUGGCCAGGAAUCAAAGGAUAUUGAAUUGGUUGCUGUAUGAGAGAUCUUCCAUUAUCUGUCUUCAGGAAUUUUGGAUUGGAAAUGAAGAGCUUGUUAAUUUGUAUGACAAGAGACUUGGUGAUGCUGGCUAUGUUAAUUUCAAGCUUGAACGGACCAACAAUCGUGGUGAUGGUCUUCUGAUAGCAGUGCAAAAGGAAUAUUUCACAGUUGUAAACUAUAAGGAGUUGCACUUCAACGAUUGUGGUGAUAGAGUAGCUCAAUUGUUGCAUGUUGAGUUAGCUUUUCCAUUUUCACACCAAAACAGUGAUAUUACGCAGGAGAUUCUCAUUGUCAACACUCACCUACUGUUUCCUCAUGAUACGAGUCUUAGCCUUGUACGCUUGCAUCAAGUCUACAAGAUUCUUCAAUAUGUGGAAUCUUAUCAGAAAGAGAAGCAACUUAAGCCUUUACCAAUUAUGCUAUGCGGUGAUUGGAAUGGAAGCAAAAGGGGACAUGUUUACAAGUUCCUGAGGUCACAGGGGUUUGUAUCAUCAUAUGAUGCUGCGCAUCAUUACACUGAUGCUGAUGCACACAAGUGGGUUAGCCACCGCAAUCAUCGGGGAAAUAUAUGUGCUGUUGAUUUUAUAUGGCUUCUUAAUCCUGACAAAUAUCAAAAACUACUUAAAACAAGUUGGAGUGAAGCAGUGUUUGGCAUGUUCAAGUAUCUAUUGAGAAAAACAUCACAGACAGAGAGAGAUGCAUUUGCUUUUCUAAAGGUUGACAAAGAAGAUUGUAUUACCUAUUCUGGAUUCUGUGAAGCACUUAGACAACUCAAUUUAAUUGGUCAUUGCCAUGGGUUAAGUGUUGAAAAGACAAAGGACUUGUGGGUUCAGGCAGAUAUAAAUGGAAAUGGUGCCAUUGAUUAUAAAGAAUUUCUGCAGCAAAUUUGGAAUCUAGAAGAAUCAGAUCAAAGAGAUGACAUGAAGAACAUGCAACAUGAUGAGGGGCGAAAUGAUAGUGAGGAAGAGCAAACAAUUGGGUUUAGUGUGAAAAAUGCAGUUCUUUUCCCUCAGGAGGUGGAAAAAGGUAGAUGGCCUGAAGACUACUCCCUAUCUGAUCAUGCAAGACUCAUUGUGAUGUUCUCACCUAUAAGAAUUGUUAGACUUUGAGAAUUUUCUUGAUGUUUUGAAUACAAAAUCUGUUGUACUGUGCUUGUUUUGACAACAAUCUGUUUUAGGUGAAAAGUAGGUGAUUUGGAGUAUUUUUUGGUAAAUACACAGUAGGUAAAAGUGGGUAGUACAACUAAGUCAACAAUGUAUGCAUUUUUUGAAUACUAAGCUUGUAACAUCAGAAGUUGUUGUAUUGUAUCUUGUAUAUAUAAAGAAAAACGUGAAUGAAAAACUGAUUGCCCACUAAGAA